AUCCUUUCUCAUAACUCACAUUAUUACCCUUCUCCCACAUCUUCAAAAACCCCUCUUCCCUCUCUUCAUCUCUUAACCUCCGUUCACUUUUCCUAAACCCUAGCGCUCUCUCUCUCAUUCGCUCCGCAACAUUUCUCUUAUAAUAUUAUCUCAUAUUGUGUUUAACCUCCAAUGGCGGAAGCUACUGAUGAUUCCAACGAUAUCGAGAAACUGUACGAGUUCGGCGAACGGCUCAACGAGGCCAAAGACAAGUCUCAACAUAGGCAGGAAUAUGAGGGCAUUAUUGCGGCAGCAAAUGGCAGUGGAAAGGCCAAGCAGUUAGCUGCGCAGCUUAUUCCGAAGUUCUUCAAGUUUUUUCCUCAGUUAGCGGAGCAAGCUAUUGAGCAGCAAUGGUAUUUGUGCGAAGACGAAGAGCUUGGGGUCCGUGUACAAGCGAUCCGUGGACUUCCGCUUUUCUGCAAAGAUACACCUGAGCAUUUGUCUAAAAUUUUGGACAUUCUUGGCCCGCUCCUCGUGGCAGGUGAAAAUGUAGAGCGUGAUGCUGUACACAAGGCUCUUAUGACCUUGUUACGUCAGGAUGUGAAGACCUCUUUAACUGCUCUGUUUAAGCAUAUUGGAAGCAUCGAGGAUCGGAGUGCUGAGGAUCUUAGCACUUGGGAAAGCAUUCGUGAAAAAACUCUGUUAUUUCUUAGAGAUAAGGUGUUCCCUCUUAAGAUGGAGCUCCUAAAGCCAGAGGAGGUGCAGAAGCAUAUAACUACUUUGGUAAAGCAGAAUUUGCAAGAUGUAACGGCUGCUGAAUUUAAAAUGUUCAUGGACUUUUUGAAAAGCUUGAGCUUAUUUGGCCGUGAUGCUCCUGCAGAGCGUAUUCAGGAGCUUGUUGAGAUUAUUGAAGGUCAGGCUGAUCUUGAUGCUCAAUUUAAUGUGUCGGAUGCUGAUCAUAUCGAGAGGUACAUAUUAUGCCUUUCAAUGGCACUUCCCUUUUUCAAGAGGGGUGCAUCGGCCAUUAAGUUUCUCAACUAUCUGAACAAGCAAAUCGUGCCUGUUUUUGACAAGCUUCCAGAAGAACGGAGAUUGGACUUGCUAAAGAACCUUUCUGAAUGCUCACUUUAUGCAACAACUCAGGAUUCUCGACAGCUGCUUCCAUCAUUAGUUCAGCUCUUAAAGAAAUACAUGGUUCGAAGAAAGAUUGAAGAAAUUAACUACACGUGUAUUGAGUGUUUGUUGUAUACCUUUCACCAUUUAGCUCACAAGGCUCCAAACGCCACAAACAGUCUCUGUGGCUACAAGAUUGUCACUGGACAACCAUCAGAUAGACUGGGGGAGGAUUUCUCGGAGCAAUAUAAGGACUUUACUGAGAGGUUGAGCACGGUUGAGGAUUUGGCUAGGGCUAUGAUCAAGAAAUUAACCCAAGGAAUGUCAGAUCAAAACAAAGCAAUGGCUGCUGCUAAAACAGAAGAUGAAAAGGAUGCAAUUAAGACGCAGAAGCAGAAUGCUACCUUUACGCUUCGGGCUUGUAACAAUAUAUUAGCAAUGACCCAGCCAUUGCAUACAAAAACACCAACUUUUAUUGGAGAUCAAAAAGUAAAUUUAUCAUGGAAAGAAGUCGCGAAGCCAUCGGGUCCUUCAACUGCUGCUGUUGCAGGUCAGAAGCGACCAGCUGCUACUACAAAUGUGUCGAGCAAUAAUGCAACAAAAAAGGGUCGUGGAGCCGGUGGUAUGCAGCACCAGCUGGUUAACAAGGCAUUUGCAGGUAUAUAUGAUGCUGGAAGAAGCAGUGGAAGAGGAGGUAGGAGUUGGCGUGUUCGUGGAAGAAGAGGGUCUUACCGCUAACGUGCACGCUCCACUGUAACAUUAAUUACUUUCAGAACGAUCAGGUGAUCUUUUCCCUCGGUAGGAUUUGGAUAUAUCUUAUAGAGACCCAGAUGAGUUGUUUAGGCAUCCAAGGAGAAGGCAGGUUUAUUGACAGAGGUUCUGAUUCUGUAGAUUGCUUACUGAUAGUACUUUAUUUUCUUUAUGUAACUUAAGUUUGUACUACGAACCUAUUUAGUUGUUGCUAUGAAAUUAUGGAAUUUCUUAUAUU